AUGCAUCAAGGUCUUGUCGCCCGAGUGCCCUUGAUAUCUGCUACAGAGAAAGGUCCAGUUGUGAAUCUGGUAUCAUGGGUUUCGCUGGCGACUUUGUGUCUGGCAGUCAUCACCGUCCUCGUCAGUAAGAUUGUGGUCCUACGACGGUUGAUGUGGACGGAUAGUAUCAUUACCACAGCCAUGCUCUUUGCGAUAGGUUUCACAAUCGCGAUCAACAACCAGGUCAGCCAUGGACUCGGCUCACUGCGCUCCACAAUCUCCUCGCAAGACUUUGAAGGAUUUCAAAAGGCUGGCUAUGCAUGGAACAUGCUGUACAUUAUAACAAUCGCCUUGGGAAAGCUCUCGACACUAUCCCUCCUCAUUGCGCUGGCGCCCAACAAAUCAUACCACCGCAUCCCCAUGCGUGUCCUCGUCGGAUUCAUUGGACUCUGGGCCGUUUCAUCACUCCUUGCCAGCGCGUUCCAAUGCUCCCUACCACAUCCGUACUUGAUCACGACGGAGACAUGUUUCAGUCAGGUUGGUUUUUGGGACGCCGUCGGAGUCAUCAACAUUCUCACCGACGUCGCCAUCAUGGCCAUGCCCAUCCUCCUCGUUCACAACCUCCACCUCGCCACGAAAAAGAAGGUCGCGGUCUGCUUCGCCUUUUCAUUUCGUCUGGGGGCUAUGGCGUGUACGAUCUGGCGCCUGUCGGAGAUCCACCGCUUCUUCGACCGCGGCACGGACAUUACGUUCGACACUUGGUUGCCCACGAUUGCCACCAUUCUCGACCUGUUUUUCGGGGUCUUUUCGGCUUGCGUGCCUCAUCUCCGUCCGUUCAUGGACUCGAUCCAGGCCGGUUACCUCUCCGGCGUGGCUUCCGAGGACGGCCGGUUCGGAUACGGCAACGACAGUUACCUCAUGGGCAAGACGGUUUCUCGGAGCAAUGCCGGCGUCGUCGCUGCGGCAUCCGCCGGUGGUGGUGGUGGUGGUGUGCGGGGUCAGGCUCUCAAAAGCGAAAACCGAAGUGAGAGCCUCGACCUCCCCCGCCAGGGGGCUACCACCACGGCCGUGCGAGGAGCGAACGGCACCUCGGAUCACAGUAUAGGUCGUGCCUUGACCAGCAACAGUCGGGUGAUUGUACAGAGUGUCGGGGGUGGCAAGGCACAGAAAGAAGGAUCGUUUCCUGACUAUUCACGGGCCGAACGCAACAGGAGCGAGAGUGUCACUUCGAACGGUGGAAGGAGUGACGGCAGCGACGGGAGCAAAGCGAUGAUCAUCAAGACCACAAAGGAGUGGAGUGUAUCUUAUCAAGAUGUUUGAACUUGGGUUCGGAACAUCUUUCCUCUUCUUCUUUGGUUGGAUGUGGAAAUAUACGUUUGGUGAAUCGUAUUUUGUAUAUCUAGGUAUGUACAAUGAUGGAAGGAUCCAGGGAAAGGAUAGGAGUCACAACUUUGAAUAGGAUGGGCCGUGGAAUGGGGUUGGAAACAAUAUACAGUCUAAAAGAUGGGCGCAUGAUCGUUGUGAGAGGAUUCCGUCCGAGAGACGUUUGGC